GCUGCGGCGUCGAGAGUGAGGGGAGUGAGGCGGAGGCGGCGGCGGCGGCGGCGGCGCACCGAGGGGCGAACCCUGCUCCAGGGAUAAGAGACAGCGAGCAAUGACGGAACUCAAGAGGAGGAAGGCAGCGAAGGAGCCGGAGAACCUCAGCGACAAGGAGAUUGAUGGGGAUGAUGGAGCAGGUCUGGAAGUUGGUGAUACACAUGUAAAAAGUGAUUUGGAUAUUCCUGAUGUUCCACCCUCCAAUGACAGCACUCCAGAAGUAUUCAAUAAGGCGUUAUCAGGGUUAUCAUCAAGAUGGAAGAACUGGUGGAUUCGAGGGAUCUUGUCACUUGCCAUGAUUUCAUUUUUCUUUCUCAUCAUCUACUUGGGACCCAUUGUACUCAUGCUUGUGGUUCUCUAUGUUCAAAUCAAGUGUUUUCAUGAGAUCAUCACAAUUGGUUACAGAGUUUAUCGUUCUUAUGAAUUACCGUGGUUCAGAACCUUGAGCUGGUACAUUCUACUAGGUGUAAAUUAUUUCUUUUACGGGGAAACUGUUGCUGAUUACUUUGGUGGUCUAGUGCGAAAGGAAGUGCCUCUUCAAUUCCUAGCCCGUUAUCACCGCUUCAUCUCUUUUGCCAUGUACCUAGCAGGCUUCUGCAUGUUUGUACUGAGUUUAGUGAAGAAACAUUACCGACUGCAGUUUUACAUGUUUGGCUGGACUCAUGUAACGCUACUAAUCAUUGUUACUCAGUCUCAUCUGGUGAUCCAAAAUUUAUUUGAAGGCAUGAUUUGGUUUAUAGUACCAAUUUCAAUUGUAAUUUGCAACGAUAUCAUGGCAUACCUAUUUGGUUUCUUCUUUGGACGAACUCCGUUAAUUAAGCUGUCUCCAAAGAAGACCUGGGAGGGUUUCAUUGGUGGUUUCUUUGCAACUGUUGUGUUUGGAUUUCUGUUUGCGUACGCAUUAUCGAACUACAAUUACUUUGUCUGUCCGGUCGAUUACAGCAGUGAAACCAAUAGCUUCAUUAUUGACUGUGAGCCUUCGAUCCUGUUCCACCUCCAGGAAUAUACACUUCCAUCUUUACUGCAAUCUAUCCUUGGAUGGAAAACGGUGCACUUAUUCCCAUUCCAGAUACACAGCAUUGCUCUCUCCACGUUUGCAUCUUUAAUAGGGCCUUUUGGAGGCUUUUUUGCAAGUGGAUUUAAGAGGGCUUUCAAAAUUAAAGAUUUUGCUGAUACAAUUCCAGGACAUGGUGGGAUCAUGGACCGCUUUGACUGUCAAUACCUCAUGGCUACCUUUGUGCAUGUUUAUAUCACCAGUUUUAUCAGAGGACCAAAUCCAAGUAAGGUCUUGCAGCAACUCUUGGUACUUCAACCAGAACAACAGCUUCUUAUUUACAACAUGUUGAAAUCUCAUCUAGAAGAGAAAGGAGCAUUUGAGCAAUAAAUGGACUGUCGCACUUGAGCAACUUUCCUCCAUCAGAGUGGUGAAAGCUUCCUGAAACCAAGUUGGGACACUUUAAGGUUGUUCAUUACUAAUCCCAUUGCCCAGCACUUUGUUGUUGACACUAUUUAAUACUCUGAAAUACUUUAAUAUUUCAACAAGUAAGCGGGUAUUGUCAUGUGAUUGGCAGUCUUUUGAUUUUGAUAUACCAUAUGUGAAUUAAAUUAAACAUUCUUUUAAAUAUUAGGAUCCAAGGUAAAUUCUUUAUUGUUGAAGGAAUAUUGCUGAAUCUAUAUCUUUUAGUAUGACACCAGGGCAACUAAAAUGCAUUGACAUAGGGAUAUACUAAUUUCAAGAUUACAUGAUGCAGAUAUUUACACUCCCUUUUUGAGCAUGAAUUCUACUGUGAAGGGUGUAAAUAAUCUAUGGGUCUGGUAAUGUAACUGCAUCGGAUUUGUAUAUGAAAUUGAAUUGACAUUGGGUAAUUUUAGAAUAUGAUUUUAAUGGCUGCAAAAUAGCAUUUUUUUUUAUCUCUAGUUCUGCAAAAUGUGAGGAAUCUGUUAUUUGUGUUUUAGAAUGAGCACAGCUUUUAUAUAUAAAAAAAUGUGUUAAUUUGCAACAUUGAGUUUAGUAAAGCUCUGAGGAAUAACCUUAUGGUAGAUGGCAUGCACAACAUGUAUAUAAUAUGUAAGUAUGUAAAUGCAAGAGUAUAAACAUUUAUAAUCAUUUAUAAGCUUGAAUGUCCUAAGUAAUUGACGAUCAAUUUAAAUUUAGAUUGUGCUUUAAAAAUGAGGAUUUUUAGUUUUAUAUUGCAUGUAUAUAAGGAAUUAUUCUGUAAUGGGUGUAACCACAGGAGAAACUGUGCUUACCGGGUACAUGUGUUACAGAAAGAGCUUCAGGAAAAUAGUCCUAUUUCUGAUUUGUGAAUACCCAUUGGCCGCAUGGAACCACAGUCACCCUAUAGUGAACUGCGGAAAUAAUAACAAUAGUAUUUUACCUCCCCUAUUAAAAUUUAUGGCAGAAUAGACUGUGAAAUGUAUAUUUGGAGCAUCAUUGACCGUUUGGUUUAUAUACUUUAACAAGGCAAUAUAAUUUUUCAUUGAUCUACCUUGACUGCAUAAUAAAAGUGCAGAAUACAUUCAUUGUAUAAUGUAAAAUUCCUGUUAAUUACUAAUCCUGUUUGAAUUAUGAAGACAACUGUUUUUCGAAAGUUCCUUUUUUAGUUUUAUAGUGUUGCAUCAUUGCAGAUUUUCUCAAUUGUUUGCUUUAUCUGUGUAAUCUGUUGCAUUUUGCAGGUUUUCUAUAUUGUGUGCAUAGUAUUAAGGUUAUUACUGCAAGCAGAAAUGCAAGUUUCUAUCAUUAAGACAUUUAGCUUGGACCCAACCACUCGUCUGUCUGAUGAGAUGCGAAUGCUGUAUUGCAGAUCUCAUGAUUUCAGAUCUCAUUUUCAAAAUAAAGAAAAAAACAA